UCUGUUUUUCAUAUUGACUACAGAAUUAAUUGAUGUUUAUGUAAGCGUGACCAUUUAAAAAUUCAUUAUUUUUUAAAAUUUUUAAAAAUAUUUCGUGCUCAGAAAAAAAGAAAAUUGUUUAUAUAGAAGACAUUGUAUGUCAGAUUUUCUAACUAAUCAAUAAAGUGUAUCAUUGUCAGGUUUAAGACUGGAUAAACAGUGUAAAUACUUAAUCAUGUUCCAAUUUUUGUUGUGGAUCAAGAGUGGAAAAACAGUUUUUUUACUCUUCAGGAGUUAUUAAUGCAUUCUUGAAUGAAUUUUCAUGGACUCUUCAAAUGCUCUUACUAGCUGCAUAAGAUACACAUCAGAUUCUAAUGAUAAAUCUCAUCCUCGUUCUGUUACAUUAGUUAAGGACAAAAGUGGAUUUGGAUUUACUUUGCGUCAUUUCAUUGUUUAUCCACCAACAAGUCUAAAUCAUGGAAAAAAAAAACAAGGAGCUAAUGAGGAUACCUCUGUUGCAACCACACAAUGGAAAUCAGACUAUAAAAACAAACCUAUGGAUACCAUAUUUAUACGGGAAGUGAAAGAAGGUAGCCCUGCACACAAUGCCGGAUUAAACAAAGGAGACCGAAUUAUUGCCAUUAAUAAUCAUCCAUUAUCUGGUAAAACAUACUCAGACAUCAUUCAUUUAAUCCUCAAAAGUGGCCAAACUUUGAGACUCUUAGUUGUCCCAAAAGAAGAUGACAUUUUGCAAUUAUAUUUUGCUUCCUCUGCAUAUCAGCCGGUCCAUCGAGAGCAUAAGCAACACAAGUAUCUUGUGCCCUCAUACUGUCCAGACUCAGAGCAAUCAAACCAGCAAUACAGACAAUCUUCUUAUGGUACUUAUCCUGGGAGAAUUCAUAAGAAAUCUAAAGGCACCAUUGAUAAAGAUGUGGAAAGUAAAAGAGGGAUUCAGCACGUUUUCUUGGAGUCCGAUGAUGUGAAUAAAGAUCUUAAUUUAUCCAGUCCAUCACAUUUGUCUUGUGGGCUUGAAGAUAAAGAUUAUGAUUUACCUUCACCUGCAAAGUGCAUUUAUGAAGGUAGCUGUUUUAGUGAAGAUGAAGGUCUUUUUCAUCAUGCCAAAGAUUUUGAAAACGAAGAUAUAUUAGAACUGCAACCUCCCAAACUAAAAAGUACAGUUGCAAAUUUGUAUUACAGUUUGUGUCGUGAUCAACCUCCAUCAAAUUUUGCAUUUGCUUCGGAGGAAAACUUAAACUAUCCCAUUUAUAUGUCCGAUUUUGAUGAUAUUGUACACUGUGAUAAUAUGGCUGAGUCAAAAAGUAUUUCUGAAGCAUUGCAUGGAACCGGUGAAACCAUAUCGUCCCAUCCUAUUUCAAUGUCUUAUCCAUGUGACAGGCCUCAGUAUGGAGAAAAUAACCAUUCCUGUGAUAGAAUUCGGGACUCUGCUCAUUUAUCUCUGUUAAAUGAGCAGAAACCAUCUUAUUACUCUAAUAAUAAGAUGAUUAACUCAGAAGAUUUAAACUUGCAUUAUAACCCUGAUACAAGUUCUAAUAAUUCCAGUGCAAUGCAUCGAAAAACAGGUGAAAGAAAUUCCAUAGCCUCAGACUAUGAUUUCAGUGAGAAUCCUAACAUACCAUCUAUAAAUAUUGUUGCUCAACGACGCCAUCAGUUUGAAUCUGGAAACCUUUUAGCUGAAUCAAUGGAAAGAAUGAACUUGUAUAGAAGUGAAUUGUCACGUAUGUCAAUGCCAAAUCAUGUCCGUCUAGUAUCAUCCAGAACUGCAGAAUUUGAAACUAAAACUGGAUCAUCUGUAAAUUCACUUUAUGCUCAGAAGUCAAUUGAAGUUUCUAAAAAGAACGAAGAAAGUUCAGAAAGUCAUAUGAAAUACAAUGACAAUAGAAUACAAUCUUUUGAUUAUGAUUCUACACUUGAUCAUCAAAAUAGUAAUAAAACACCUACAGAUGAUUCUUUGAUUGUUGCUGAUUCACCCGAAACCACAGUUACAGCUCAUAGUGACAUAAACCCAGCUGUAACUGGAGUUGUGCAUCGCCGAAAAACAGUUCCAGUAUCCUCUGAUCAAGAUGAAUGCCACAUUGUACGGAGGAUAUCAUAUCUUCGAGCUACUGCUAACGAUAGAAUGAAUAUCGAAUCUGAUUUAAGUGAAGAAGAUGAAACUUCUGACCCUUCUAGUCCAAAUAAAGAAUUCCGUAUUCAGAAGUUGAAAUCUUUCUUUGGAGAAAAGACUCCAAAAGUUAAGCAGGCUUUGGUUCCUGUUGAUGUAACAGAUACGAAUGGUUGUUCUAAUCAAGAAACAACUGAAGAACCAAAAUCCAUUUAUGGAUGGGUUAUUUGUAAAGUUGUAUCUUUGGAAGGAAAACGUUCUAGUGAUAGGUCCUGGAGGCAUGUAUGGGCAAUUUUAAGAGAAAAUAUUCUUUAUUUAUUGAAAGAAAGACGUGAGCCCUCAAAGGGAACUAUAACCGGUGAUGAACAUGUGAUAAAUGUGAAAUAUAGCAUAGCUAAUGUUGCAAAUGAUUAUGUAAAAAGAAAGCAUGUUUUACGCCUAAUGCUUCUUAAUGGGACCGAGUACUUAUUUCAAACAGAAAGUCAUGCAAGUAUGAUGGAGUGGUUGAAAGCCUUAAAGAUAUUUACUAGAGAAAUAUCUGAGCUUCCAGAUUGGUUGAAAAAUACAUCUGUUUUGGAAAAGGCUGCUGCAUAUGAGCAACAGAUUCAGAAAGGAAAAUCCUCUGGACAGCAUCACAAUGUUCGAAAAUUAGUUUUCCGCCAUCGCAGUCCUUCAGAACAUUCCCCUUCUGUUAAAACACGCAGAGCAUCACAAGGUGAUGAGCUGGCUCUUACCAAAAUUGGUGUGCUGUGGCGAGAUCGAAUGGUGCAAGGUUGGAAAAAAGUACACGGAACAAAUUCUCAUAUUCCAAAAGGUGCAUCAUUUGGUGUCAAACUAGAAAAUGCUCCACCCGGUGUUACUAAUGAGCAUAUUCCAUUGAUAGUUGAGCUUUGCAUACAGAUAGUUGAGAGCCGAGGAUUAGAUACAGUUGGAAUAUACCGUGUGCCUGGCAACAAUGCUUCAGUAAGUGUUUUGACUGAUCUAGUUAAUCAAGGCAUAGAUGAUGAACUUAUCAAAGAUCCUCGUUGGAAUGAUGUAAACAUUGUAUCAAGUCUUCUUAAAGCUUACUUCCGUAAAUUACCUGAACCCCUGCUCACUUCCUAUUUAUAUCCUAAAUUUAUACAAGCUAGUGAAACAGAAGAUCCUGUAAAAAGAUUGAAAGCUAUCAAGCAUGUGCUAUAUCAUCUGCCUGUUCAUUAUUUUGCUACUUUGCGCUACCUAAUGUAUCACCUCAAGAAAGUAGUGGAACAUUCUGCAACUAACAAGAUGGAAGCUAGAAAUCUUGCCAUAGUGUUUGGUCCCACCCUUGUCAGGACCACUGAUAAUAAUAUGGUUGCAAUGGUAACAGACAUGCCUCAACAGUGCUAUCUCAUUGAAACAAUGAUAACUUAUGCAGAAUGGCUCUUUGAAGAUUGUGGUGAUAUUUUACCUGUUGAAAUAAAUGCCCAAGAUAAGCGAAAAACCCAUCCACCAUCAACUGUACAGUCAAGUGCUCUUCUCAGCAAUAUUAAUAAACUUGAUGAAGAAUCAUUACCACAUGAAAUGUUUGCAUCGUUUUGCAAUGCUGCUUCUCGCCAUUUGAGGCACCGUCAGAAAAAGAAAGAUCCUGCCAGCUAUUCAAAGAAAAGAUCUGGUAUUAUUGCUGAUGAUGCAGACAUAUUGGGGAACCCAAAUGAUUGCAGUAUUCCUUCCAAUUUCACCACACCAGAAAUCAUUGAUCCCAAAAUUGCUGAUUCUGAAAACUUGUCGGAUAUAAGUUUUGGGAGUUGUUCUAGUCUAAUUUCUGGUUCCACAAAAUCCAAACAGCGAUCCACAUCCAAAGAACCUGAGCCUCAAAAUGGCACUUUGGUUGCUGACAGACAAAGUUCUGAAUCCAGUCAAGAGACUUCAAGUACUUUUCCUAUUCCUGAGGAAGAACAAGUAGGCCAUCGGUAUAAUAAAUUAAGUGCUCUAGCUCAAGAAAAAAUUAAAAACUUUGAACAGGAAACAAAGGCCCUUUUAAGAAGGGAUGGCCAGCGACCAAGAACAUCAGUUUGUGCACCACAAGUAGAGUGGGAACAAAUUGAAAAAGAAUGGCAAAAGGCAAAACUAGAAUUAGAGCAAGAGGAUUUGUUAGAUUAUCUUGCUGAUGAUCCAUCGUAUCUUUCCUGUCUUCUUGGUCGAAGUAUGGAGUCAACAGAAUUAUCUCCCCCUACUGAAUUUGCUGCAGCUGAAUCAUUUAGAAGCAAGAGUGGCAUUCCUUUGAGUUCAAGUUCCUCGGCUGUGACAGAGAUUUCACAUUCACCUAAUAUAAGAUCACCCAAUUUUUCUGUUCCAACUCUCUCUGAAUCUCAGUUCCAAAAUGACAAAUUUACAUUGAGAGAUGAAAAAAUCUCCAAUCAACAAGCCUCAGACCCACUUCGAACAAAAUUGGAUAAGUCAGAUAUUCCAACUUCAGUCAGUCAACCCAUCUUAUCAUCUGUACUAUGUGAUAGGACUUCUGGUUCAGCUUUUGAAGAAUACUCAUUGGACUCUGUUAAAUGUAAGCCUAUGUGUAUUAUAAAUGCUUCACACUCAGAAUCCACUGAGUCUAAAAAUGAAUCAAGAACUCGUCCCGUUGAGAAAGAUGGCUCUGAAGAGGCAUCUGCAUGCUCUUCUGAUGCAACUCAACCACAAACUCUUAGUUGAUAUUUUUAUUCGAGCAUCUCUAUGUAAAAAGAUGUAUAGUUAAUUUAUUAUAUCAGAUUAGUAUAAGCCAUAUUGUUUGUGCUCCCAGUGAAAUAAAACAAUUUUUUUUUUCUUUUCACGGCAGAGAUGAUAUGAACCAUAAUUUAAUUUGAGCUUCUUUGAAACUUUGUUUUCCUGCAGUGGCUAAGUGGCAAUAUUUAAAAGAAAAUUUUAGCAUUUUCUGACUCAAUACAUAUUAUUUUCACUAAACAUAACCAGUAUUUUAAAAUCAUACUGAUUCGUAUAUGAAAGUAUUCUUGUAAAAUACAUACCCUCAGUGAAUUUUACUUUGAAUAUAACUAUCUUAAAUUAUGAGAUUAAUAAAUGAAGCUGCAGAUUCUUUUAUAUCUUAAGUGAUAUUUUAUCUUUCAUAUUUUUAUCAGCAUUUUGAAGUCAUAUCAAUGUGUAUAAAAUUUAAAUUAAUUUAAUCUAUUAUUUUCUACUUUUAUAUUUUUAGUGAAAUGGACAUAUUGAAUCUUAAUUUUAAAGUUGGUCUAAAAAGGAAAUACCGUUUUUCCUUUGAAAAUAAUGAUCUAAUAAUAAUGAAAAAGUCAAUAGAAUCUUAGAAUUCUUAAUUAUUUUACAUUCAUAUUUAUGAAUAUAUGUUAUAUUAUUUAAUAUUAAAUGUACAGUAGACUCUCAGUAAUCCACAUAUCAGAUCAGAUGACUACUGGAUUACUAGAAGUUCAUUAAAAAAUUUAAUGCAUUUACAUCAUACCUAUAUAUAUUGUACAAAAUAUACUUAAUUAUACUAUGUAUAAUAAAUAUCAUAAAAUAUAAAAAAUAUAAUUCAAAAUCAUAUCGUGUGCAUUGUGUCAAGGACGCUAGCAUCUACAUUUAGGGACUUGUUUACUUUUUAACUCUCUGGUCUUGCCUUUCUGAAAAUGCAGGACUUGAAGUGGGAACAGAUUGGUACAGUGCUGGAUUACUGAGUCUAUUGUAAAUUUGUUGAAAAUUUUUUUGAAUAUUUAAAAAUUUAUAACUUUUUAAAUAUUUUUUAAUUAUAAUGAUUAAAUGAAAGAGAUUAUUUCAAAUUAUUUUUAAUUACUGAAAAAUUAAUUUGAUAGUGUAGAACUUUUAAAAAGUACAGGAAGUUUUUAAGAAAAUUUUGACAGUUAAAAAUUUUAUUUAUUUUUUAUUUGCAUAGUGAUUUUUAAUCUUUUAAAUCAUUUGUUUCCCCCAAAAAAUUCUCGCGAGCUUUCACUCUGUGUUUAAGAACUUUUUCAUACUUUGGUAUGCUGAAGCUUUGUUAUAUUAGAUAUCAUUUUAUAUUGUAAUAUAGUGCUGCACACUUCCUUUUUUUUUUGGUGGCCAAAAUCUUAUGCCAAUCACUUCUAAGAAGGCCCAAACUUAUUUUUAUUCUCAAGAGCUGUGAUAAAAAAAAUACUUGAUUAUAAGUGACAAAGUAAUCAGUGCUUUCAGUUAUUUGUUGCAUAUGUAUAAGUUUUAGUUUUGCACUUGUAGUGGACAGAAAGAAAUCACUUAUAGUAAGAUUUUUAUUUUGACACUUUUAGUGCUUUUAUUGUAGUUUAUGUGAUGAGAGAUUCCAUGUAAUUUUGUCUAUAGAUAAGUUUUGUUUAAAGAAAUGUCUGUUAUAGAAAUAAGGAUAUAAU